AUGAAAUUCCCCGAAGCCAAACGGAAGGUGCUGCACGUCGGGAAGAAAAGCCAAAUGCACAAAUACAGACGGGGGGAGACCUGGCUGGGCAGCAGCGCUGCUGAGAAGGAGCUGGGAGUCGUGGUGGAGCACAGCCGCAGCAUGGGCCAGUCCCGGCGCGAAUCGCCGUGUAAAGCGGCGCAGCAGGAGUGGCUCGAGGCCGCGAAGAGGCGGGGCCUGCCCCGGGAGGAGGCUGCGGACGGUCCUGUGAGGAGUGAAGCCGCCGCGGGGAGCUCCUGCCUCCGGGGGAGCAGCGAGGGUGCGGGACUUGGGGUGGCCGAGAGCCCCCCGCGUCUCUCCCGAGGGCGCCGGGUCCGCAGGGGGCCGGGCCGUGCAGCCCCCAUGGAGAAGUCCAAGAACUUUCGGAUCGACGCCCUCCUGGCUGAGGACCCCCCCCGGCCCGUGCCGAGCGCCUCCCCGCAGGGCCUGAGCCCCGAGAGCUUGGCGGGGAGCCCCGGCUCCUGUGCCCGCACCGAGACGCCCUCUCCCCGUGCGCCCCAGGGCGCGGCCCCCCUGCCUGCCCCGGGAUUCAUCCCCAAGCCCGGCUUGCUGCAUCUGCCCCCUCCCGGACUGAGCGCCCUGCCGGCCAUGUACCCGGCCCCCCUGUACUCGAUCGGGGCGCUGGGGGGGCAGCACCCGGCUUUCCCUUAUCCCGGCUUCGCCCACCUGCCUCAGCCCGGCCCGGAGCACCUGAAGGCCGCGGCAGUGGCUGGAUCGUUCCCGCUGGAGUACUGGAUCCGCGCUGGAAUGAUGGUCCCCCGGCUCUCGGACUUCCACGCCCCUCCGCAGUCCGGCCUGAUGGGCAAAUGCCGCCGGCCACGCACGGCCUUCACCAGCCAGCAGCUGCUGGAGCUCGAGAACCAGUUCAAGCUCAACAAGUAUCUGUCCAGGCCCAAGCGCUUCGAGGUGGCUACGUCGCUGAUGCUGACGGAGACGCAGGUGAAGAUCUGGUUCCAGAACCGCAGGAUGAAGUGGAAACGCAGCCGGAAAGCCAAAGAGCAGGUGGCCCAAGCCGAGGCUGAGAAGCAAAGAGGGGUCAGCAAAGCCGCCGAGAAGCUGCUGCCCAGCGAGCUGCAGGGGCAGGAGGAGGGCCCUGAAUUCAACAGGCACGGUGCCAGCGUGGAGUUCCUGCACCGCCGCGCCGCAGAGCUCGGCUACAGCCCGGGCUCCUCGUGCUCCGGGGAGGAAGAGGAGCAGUUCAGCUCCACGGACAGGAAGAUUGGCUCAGCGUUAUGAAAGGCAGCCCCGAGCGAUCACCCCAUGAAACAGAGCAGGGAGAGCAGCCCAGAGCCGGAGC